AUGACGUCGAGUGCCCUGGGCCAAGGGCAGCUACACCAGCGCGAUGAUGGGCCGUUCGUUCUAAAAUCACUAUUGGACGAUGUCCCCUUGUCAGCCGACGGAUCGCAAUCCGACGUUAAGAUCAAUUGCGUCGACUACUACGACCACAACCUCUACGUUGGCACGAGCGCAUCCGAGCUCUUGCACUUUGUCCAAAUACCACCCGAUCCCAACGAACGUAGCGCGCGACCUGUAUAUAUCCUCGCCUCACGCCUCGGACCCUACUAUGCCGAACCAUCAGGUGGCUUCUCUGGCACGUUGCCCGGUGUGCAGCAGAUCCUCAUACUCCCUCGUGCCGGCAAGGCUUGCAUACGAUGCAAUUGGACGGUCACAUUCUACUCGUUGCCUGAGCUCAGUCCCGCCUACGGGAACAAGAAGCUGAAGAACUGUAAUCACAUCGGUGGGGUCGACUUGAACGAGCCCUUGGACGCGGGCCAUGGGGAACCUGCGGCGCAAACUGUCUUGGUCUCCAUGAACAAGAUGAUCCAGGCCAUUCGUAUCGGGGAGGCACCGCGUAUUGCGCACGACAUACCGCUGCCCGGAAGCACCCUGUCUGUCCGUCGAGACUCCAUUGCUUGCGUCGCCGACUCCAAGUCGUACUCGCUGCUCGAUGUUGAGCGCCAGCUACGCAUCCCGCUGAUGAGCAUAUCAUCGCAAGAUGAAUCGCCCCCACCCGGGGAGAUUGGCCAUGCGCAGACGCUCCCCGUGGCGGCAGCUGGAGGCGUUACUAGGAGUAACUCGUCGGUCCACGCCCGACCCUCGUCUUCUGCCCAUGGCCAUGGUCGGAGCACAAGUCUCGGUGGUGCGAUUCUCAAAUCCGUUCGCCCCGAUCGACCUGCUGAAACGGAAGAGGCCGAGAUGCCGGAUCCUGGACUGUCCAUGCCUUCACCGUCUCCGUCAGAUACCGUCGCGUCUCCGUCAGUUGACAAGCCACUACCGCAGCCUCCAUCACGCACAGGCACGCCUAGCCAGACAACAUCACCUCGGCCUGAGCCGAAACAGGUCUUCUUGAAACCACACAUUGCCUCCCCGACGCCGGAGGAGUUCCUCAUCAUCAGGGGAACCAGUCCCAUCGAGCCCUGCAUUGGCAUGUUUGUAAAUCUGGACGGCGAUCCGACUAGGGCACCUAUCAGCUUUUCGCGAUAUCCCAAGGACGUUGUGGUGGAUGGAGGUCAAGUGUGCAUGACAGAAGCGACCUCUGCACUACAAGAGGACGACGACGGGUUCGUUAUUGCAUCGUUAGCUAAGGAAACCCCUGAUGGAUUGCGACAUGGCCUCGACAUUCAGUCACUCGAUGCCGACCGACCCGAGAGCGACCGUCACUGGCUCGAGGCGGAGGGGGUUGAGCGCGGCACUGUCUAUGGAAUCAAAUCAUUGACCGGAAGUGAGGAGACGGAGCUGGAGGACAUCGUCCUUAGGCUGUGUCAGAAGAGGUAUACGCCUUUCUCAAAAAGCCCAGCUGCGUCCACGUUGUCGCUCAAAAGUGCAGACUCGCGGACAGACGCAUCGAUGGAGCGAUUGUCCAAAGAAAGGGAGCUGUUUGAGAGAGACGACUCACAGGACCGCGACUCGCUACCCGAAGGCUGGGAAUCGAGUCACAAGACCGAAGCCGAGGAUUUUGCGCGACGCUUAGCCAAGGCAGAAACAAAGCUUGCUGUGUGGGCGGGCCGCCGUAUCUGGUGGGCGAUGCGCAACCCCUUGGUCGUAAGGUACGACUCGGUACUCGAGGCCGCGUGCCCCGGAGGCUAUGCGCAUCCCCAAAAGCUCGACCGCAGGGCAGUAGUCAAUGUUCUUGGAGCUGUGCGGCGACGUGACGCGCGCUCUGAGCUCGAAUUCUUGACCUUUGGCUAUCUGCGCCAAAAGGUCAGCUUGCUGCUACUCACGAGCUUGCUCAGGACGCCCACGGGAGAGGAGUUCACCGACACCGAGAUGAAUGCCUUGGAGGAGGUUCUGAUUGAAGGCAGCCUUGAUCCAAGGGUGGUCCUCUCGCUUAUUCCUGGAGUACGCAACGAGAUCAUCGAAGGUCGACGUGGCAUCUGGAUCUAUGGGGGCGUGAAACAAGCAGCCGACACUUUCCGACACACGAGCGAGUUUGAGCGGACUGUGAAGGAUGCUGUUAGCACGCUGGGUCCCCGUGUUUUACAUUUCCUACGACGCUUCCUCACCUCGUGGCGUGGGAUGAAGGGGCUGCCCAGUAUAUCCGAUGAAAGUGAGGUAUUCAGGACUGUCGACGCAGCACUGUUGCUAGUAUUACUCGAGCUGGACAGGUCUGCUCCGCCGUCGCUGGGCGCCAGGAGCGCGGUCAGGAGAGAGCUCUACGAGGUCGUCGACAAGGGGGUGGAAUGCUUCGACAGAGCGGUUGACUUGCUUGAGUCAUACCACCGCCUUUACGUGCUCAGCCGUUUGUAUCAGAGCCGCAGGAUGGCGGCUGAAGUGCUCGGCACAUGGAAGCGCAUCAUCGAGGGUGAGCGAGACGACGGAAACGAAUUCGAAGAUGGAGAGCAGACCGUGCGAAAGCACCUGGCUAGGAUUCGCAACCAGUCCCUCAUCCAGGAAUACGGCGUAUGGCUAGCGAACCGCAACCCGAAACUGGGCGUCCAGGUCUUCACUGAAGACAAUGGCAAGACGGCGCGGUUCGAACCCAACCAAGUCGUCGAGCUCCUAAAGGCGGAAGCCCCCAAUGCCGUCAAGUACUACCUUGAACACCUCGUUCUUGAUAAAGGGCACACUGCCUAUGUCAACGACCUGAUAUCGUACUACCUGGAUGUCGUGGUCGACGGCCUUGGAGAGUCACGGGAAUCUAGAGACGCUGUCAUGGCCACAUAUGACGCGUACCGCGCGUUGAGCGCACCGAAGCCAACCUAUCGACACUUCCUAACAGACAAUGCGCCGCCAGAGGAUGAGGUUUAUCACAGCCGACUUCGACUCUUGCAGUUGCUCAGUGGCGCGCACGACUACGACGCAGGCGCCAUUCGCAAGCGCAUUGCUGGCCUUUCCGCAGAUCUCCUUGUGCCGGAAACCAUCAUCCUCUCCGGUCGGGAGCGCAACCACAAGGAAGCAUUGCGUCUGCUCGUUCACCAGCUGGGCGAUUACGACACGGCCGUCGCGUACUGUCUGCGUGGCGGGACCAGCAUCGACAGUUUCUCAACACCAGCGGGCCGGGGGCGAGCGCAGUCACUGCCCUCUGUCGCCGAGCAAAGGAGACUCUUCCACGCCGUGCUUCAUGAGUUCCUCGCCAUAGCAGAUGUCAGCGAUCGCGUGGAGCAGACGGGCGGGCUUUUGGAACGGUUCGGCGGCUGGUUUGAAAUUGACGAUGUCUUGGAUUUGAUACCCGACAACUGGUCCGUGGACGUCGUCGCCGGCUUCCUCGUUGGCGCGCUGCGCAGACUCGUUACACAAAGGAGAGAGGUAGCCCUCACACGAGCCCUCAGCGGCGCAGAAAAUCUACGGAUAAGCUACGACCUCGUCUGCAAGACGGAGGAGAAAGGGCCCAGUAUAGAAGCGCAGAAUUAA